AAACAGCUAAGGAUGGAUGACGAAGAGUACGAGCGCUUCGAAAUAACGGACUAUGAUUUGGACAACGAGUUCAAUCCAAAUCGCGGUCGCCGGCGCCCGACAAAGAACCAGCAGAUUUACGGCAUUUGGGCGGACGAUGAUUCCGACAACGACGGCGGAGAGGGCACAUCCUCAGGCGGGCGACGCAAAGGACGCAUAGCCGGUAAGAAGCCAAAAGAUUACACCGCACCCAUCGGAUUUGUCGCCGGUGGCAUACAACAGUCGGGUAAGAAACCGGACCCACUUAAGGAACGAAAAAAGACCGAUGAUGACGACGACGAGGACGAUGAGGAGGCACCUGACCAAAGGGCUCGAUUUGGCUCCAAAAUUGCCAGCCACGAUAGUAACACCUCGUCGGAAUCGGAGGAUGGAAAACCGCCCGUUCAGGAUAUGCGUUCGAUGGCCGGAUUUCGAACGUUCAGCAACGCCUCCACGGCGGCAACGAAGAGCAAAAACAUCGGAAACUGGGAGCAACAUACACGCGGUAUCGGUGCUAAGCUGCUGUUGCAGAUGGGCUACCAACCGGGCAAGGGUUUGGGCAAAGAGCUGCAAGGUAUUGCAGCCCCAGUUGAGGCGCAAGUGCGCAAAGGCCGUGGCGCCAUUGGGGCGUACGGCCCGGAGAAGAAAACGGUCGUGGCGGACACGAAACAAAAACAGAAGCAGGACGAUCCCAAAGCUCUCACGACGGGCGCCAAACCCGAAGAGGGUCGGCAGUGGCGCAAAGAGGGAAAACAAGGCAACGCGCGCUAUUUUUACAAAUCGGUCGAGAACGUUAUCGAAAAGGGAAAGGUUUCGACAUACGCACCGUUCGACAAGAGCGCCUCUAAGUUGAGUCAGGUGACGGUGAUCGAUAUGACCGGACCGGAAAAACGUGUCCUCAGCGGGUAUCACGCGCUCGGCCAGGCAAAGAUACUCGACGAGGAGCUGUACGAAGCGGCAGUACCCGGUGGUAAACCUCCGACCAAGGACACAGUUCACUUUGCGCUGCCUGAGUUGAUGCACAACCUUAACCUGAUGGUGGAAUAUUGCGAGCAGGACAUCAUCGCAAUCGAUAAGCAAAAGUGCGAGGCCAAAGAUCGCGAGGAGCAGCUGCUGCACGAAAAGCAAAACCUCAUCCGCAUCAGCGAGCUGGAAAAGGAUUAUCUGCACACGCUCGAGGGGGCCCUCGAUUUGGUGCGAGCCCUUGUCGAUCCUGUCGGUGGGUCGAUCGAGCUGGAAGAGUGCGAACGGAUUUUCAUCCGACUGUGUGCCGAUUAUCCUACCGAGUACAUGGAGUUCGGACUCUCGGAUCUGGCGGCGGGUGUCGUUGCUCCGCUCAUUGCCACCCGUCUGAAGGAAUGGAGCCCGUUCAGCGAACCCACGCGCCAUAUGGAUGUUUUCAAGCGCUGGAAAACAAUCCUGGAGGUUUCGGGUGGAGAUAAUAGUAACACCAGCAACAGCCUGCUUGAUCCGUACUCGGCUGUGGUGUGGUCGGGCGUUGUUCCGAGCAUACGAGCAGCGGCCAGUGGUUGGAAUCCGCGCAUACACCAACCAAUGAUUGCGCUUCUCGACGCGUGGUCCCCAUUGCUACCCAAUUGGAUACUGGACAACGUGCUGGAGCAGAUCAUACUGACUAAGCUGGCCGCUGCCGUCGCUGGAUGGGAUCCACUCACCGACACGGUUCCCAUCCACAGUUGGAUUCACCCGUGGGCUGACCUGCUCGGGCCGAAGAUGGAGGAAAGCGUGUAUCCUUCGAUCCGUGAGAAACUGGCCAAGGCGCUGAAGGCGUGGCAUCCUGAGGACCGGUCUGCUCGCGCCAUGCUAACACCGUGGAAGGGCGUCUUCGCCGAAGAAGACCUGCAGGUAUUCCUCACGAAAAACAUCAUACCGAAGCUGGAGCUGCGGCUCACCGAAGUGGUGAUUAAUCCGAUGCAGCAGGAUUUAGAAAUAUUCAACCAGGUGUGGGAAUGGAAUGAGCUUAUAUCCACGCUGCAGAUGGCAAACAUGCUCGACAAGUACUUCUUCCCGAAAUGGCUGCAGACGCUGGUCAUUUGGUUGAACCAAACGCCCAACUUUGACCAGGUGUCGCGAUGGUACCAGGGCUGGAAAGCUCAGUUCACGGACGACAUCGUACGGCAACCGAACGUGAAGGAGUGUUUCCGCAAAGCGCUCGAGCUGAUGCACCGUUCGAUCGGAAUGGGCGGUGGUGCAGGUAUCCGCUCCAACACCCCGCCUGUCGUAGAGCCCAUCCCACCGCCUCCGAAGCCUCCCCUACUACUGGACAUGUCGAUAGACGCUCAACCAACGCUCGAAUUCAAGGAGCUCGUGUCGCAGAAAUGUGCCGAACGGGGUAUCAUCUUCGCGCCGAUGCCCGGUCGACGGGAAAUGGGCAAACAGGUGUACCGCGUUGGAAAGCUGUUCUGUUACAUCGAUCGGUCCGUGUGCAUUGUAAGCCCGGAUGGUGGCGUCAGUUGGACACCGAUAUCUCUAUCGGUGCUAUUGGAGCGAGCGGUAAGCGGUUAG